AAUGAUGUUUACUUAAAUUACAUGUGCUCGUGGAAGUUGUGUGGCAAUCGAUUUCAAAGAGAAGUAGAUUUACAUUAGCUUAAGAAAUUCUGGAAAAAAGGAUGACGCAAUUUUCUAUUAAAACUGUUUUCAAGAUUAUCUUUUCCAUUUUCCUGCUAUUGCGAUUAGCAAAUGGUGAUGUUAUUUCGACAUUUUUCUCUGGCUACGAUAAGGCAAUAAGACCCAACUUUGAGGAACAGAAGCCCACGAUCGUCUAUUGUAACUUGUAUGUGGAAUCUUUUGGAAACAUUGAGGAGGCUAACAUGGAAUACAAGGUGUACACCUAUUUUCGGCAGCGUUGGACGGACUUCCGCCUCGCUGGAAAGCUUAACUACACCCUUACCAUAAAAGGAGGUGAUAUCGAAAAUAUCUGGGUCCCAGAUCCCUACUGUUAUAAUGCACGCGAGUCGAACAUGAUGAUGCCUGACGAAGAGACACACAGCAAUCUUAAAAUUAAACCAAACGGAGAAAUAAUAUACAGCAGAGGGGUUACUCUUCUCGCCUCGUGUGUUAUGGACCUUCGGAAUUUCCCAAUGGAUUCCCAGAGAUGUACCUUGAAGUUUGGAAGUUAUGGGUACACUACUGAGGACAUCGUCUUUGAGUGGAUCGCUGACAAAACAGAGAUUGAUGUAGGAAACAAAGAAAUGGCGCAAUUUGAUUACAAAGGCUCUGAAUUGACAUCGGGAACAGACGUGUUUGACACAGGAAAUUUCUCAACUUUGACAGUCACGUUUUCAUUUAAGCGGCGCAUUGGUUAUUUCCUCAUCCAAGUCUACUUUCCAGACAUUUUUGUCGUGACGCUAAGCUGGAUUGUCUUUUGGAUGGAAAAAGAUGAUAUGGGAAACAGAAUGGCCUUGGGAAUCACCACUAUAUUAACCAUCAUGUUUCUUCUUGGUUCUCUUAACGGGAACUUGCCCAGAGUCAGCUACCCCAAGGCUUUGGACUGGUAUCUAUUAGUGUCAUUUAGCUUUGUGUUCCUGUCGUUGAUGGAAUGCAUGGUCGUGUUUCUUUUUGCAUCGAGAGCCAAACAGGAUGAGACACAGAUUAAAUACAAGAAGAACGAUAUUCCUCUAACGAAAAGAUUCUCGUCGUCCCUGAGGUCCGUGAUUGGUUCAAAGUCUUCUUCAACUAACUCUCCAAAUGGAGGAGUUUCAAACAUUGGUUCGGGUGACGAUCUGGAAAUGGUACACAGGGCAACCAAAGUUGGUAAGAUCGUGGUGGACGAUAAUUCAUCAAUACAAAGAGAGAGGAGUACCAAAAGCAAAAGAAUGGAAAUGAUAGCGAGCAAGAUCGAUAAAGCAUCGCGAGUUCUUUUUCCAUCAGUUUUUAUCCUCUACAAUAUCUUCUACUGGACAUACUACUAACUGGCACAAAAUUGAUGUAUUAAUGCCGCUUUUUUCUUACGAUGUUUAAUGAUAACGAUGAUAACUAUAAUUUAGUAAUAAUGUCGACAAGAACGAGAUUAAUAGUUAUGAUAAUCUGCCUGUUUCUGUCAAUAUUUGAUUGUUAACAUCAUCUGUAAGAUCUGCCUCUCAGAGAAAAUAUCUCAGAGAGGCAUGCAUUAUGGCAUUUUUCUUCUCAGAAGUGAGCAGUGUGCGACUGUGCAACGUCCGCUUGUGUAAUGCCAAGUACCGUAGCUAUUCGGUUAUAAGGCGCACCGUUUUUUUCAAGAAAUUCCUAAUUUCUACUAAAAAUUACCUUAAAGUUUGGGUGCGUCUUAUAGGCGAAUAUUUUCCCGAAACAAUUUUUUUUGAUCACAGUUACUAGUACGAUUUCAAGCAAAUAAAAUGACACACACGCAUUGACUUUUAUGAAUAUGGUGGUUCUGAAAAGACAAGCGAAGUCAAAUUUGCAUAGAUGUGAUACGUGCUGGAGAGCACGUGCUUAGUAAUUUGAUACGUCACAAAACGAAACGAAAAUAAACAAGCGAAGAGGUAAAUACCUUCUUCAUCCUUUCAGCCUUUUUAGUGCACUGAGACCUGCAUUCUCGGUGGUACAUCUUGUUUAAUCAAGGCUUUUGUUUGUGUGCGUGGUCGCGUGUGCGACAAUUCUGCUUUUGUUGAUUAACGGUAAACUAAAAUCAAUACGCGACUUUUUCGCUUUUUUGUAAGUUUAUGAAAGAAUUUACAAUAAACUUGAACGAUCUUUACUCCCCAAACAACGGUGCGCCUUAUAACCAAGUAUUUUAACGAUUUUCUCAGUUUGAAAACAUGCAAUAAUGAAGUUGCCGAAUUGGGGAUGCGUC